GGGACAAUAUAAAUAUAAAGCAACGGACUUGAAAUUUUGGACACAUAUUGAACCUCUGGUUCGAUUAGGUCAAAAUCAUGCUCAGAGGAAGAGAAAGCCUGAUUCGAUUGGUGGGAAAACGCAGGCGCUUCCUUCCAAGCCGUCAAUCUCUGCUCUCCACUCCCAUUCAAAGCUCUUUGAAUCUGUGUACUGAUAAAGAUGGAAAAAUCGCGUCGAUUGAGAGUUCUGAAGCAUCUGCAAUGGUGGAUUUUGGUGAUGCUAGGAACAAGAUGGAGAGUUUUGAAAGUGGAGAAAAACUUUCUGACAAGAGUGAGAAAGUAACUUGCCCUGUUUGCGGUAAUAAAAUUAUAGGGGAUUGCAACAUCGUCAACUCUCAUCUGGACAUGUGUUUAUCAAGCAAAUCAACUAAAAAACGGAAAUUGACCCAGCGCACGCUUCUUCAAAUGAACUUCUGUGCGCCGUCAACAAUUCAAAUUCAUUCAUCCGAGAGUGGACACAUAGGAAAUGACCUAUUAAUUGCUAAUUGUGAUGAGAGUAUUGCAAGGAAUGGUGAUCAUGUAUUGAAUAGUUCCAAGGGUGUUGAAGAAAAUAACGUUGGCCUGUCUAAUUUGCUGCUACAUUUAAAGUCUGUAACGCAGAAUCAAAUAGAUGAUAUAUCAAAGAAACCAAACCAUGGUAACAAUACAGAUGAUGCCAUGACUGACAGGCAUUCAUUAUCUGUUUUGGAGACCCCAAACACGGACACCUGUUGUGACGUGCAAACUACUUUGGAUGACAUAUCUGGUGUUAUUCUUGAAACUUUUAUUGUUGGUCGGAGGUUUAGUGAUGAAAAGGAAAUAAAUCAUGGGGCAAGCAUAUAUCUUCAAAGAGAUCCUCAUAAUGUCAAGGAUCCUAAUGCUAUCAAGGUGAUUUCUGCGAAUUCUAGAGACUCUAAGGUGUUUGGUUUUCUUCCUCGUGAGUUAGCUCAAUAUCUGUCCCCAUUAAUUGAGAAGUAUUGCCUAAGCUUUGAGGGACAAGUAACUGUUGUUCCAAAGAACACCCUUGAUGUUGUACCAAUUCAGAUUCUCUGUCACAAGGCUGUAUCAGGUGAAACGCUAGAGCAUGAUAAUGUUGACCUUUUCAGAUAUUUAUGGAGAAGUGUUCAGCAAGUAAUUGAAUCCACAAAGCUCGGUCGAACUGGUACAACUAAAUACCAGCAAAAUUUUUGUGUUCUCGUGCAAGAAGUUUUAAGAAAUAAUUUUCACCUCUUCCUAGAUGAUGAAAAAGGGUUUUUAGAGUCGUUUAAUUCAUUUUCAGAUGACAGCCAGAGGCUUUUUGUUCGUCUCUACACACGAAAAGGCCCAUGGUUUCGAAUGUCAAAUGUAUUCUAUUCAGAAAUAUUGGAUCUAAUGAAGGCAAUAAAAGAGCUCUCUGUAUCAGGUUAUUUCUGUUCAUUUGAAGAUACAAACGAACUGCUUUACGAUGAUAUGAAUUAUAUAUUGAAUUUGCUCAAUGUAUCUGAGCUACGAGAAAUAAUGUGCUUACUUAAACAGAGUUGUAAUUUUGGCACAAGAAAGCGGGAACUUAUUGCAUCUCUCCUUUCUUCGUAUAAAGACGGAGUGUGCUCAACAUUACCAAGAAUGAUUUUGGAGAGAACAGGUGCCUGUGUUAAAAUAUCUUCCAAGGCAGAAUCUCUUUUGUGGCGUGCUGAGAGGCUUUUCUUUCUGAAUGGAGAGCAGGAUCUGUCAUCUUUUUUAUUAGCUGAUUUGGGAAUUAUUAAGUAUCCAACUUACAACUGUGUAAUCACAGAACAGAUCUUCUCAAAUAGAAAUGCUCUGCUUGCUUAUGAGGAGGCCAUUGAAGUGGCACAAAUGAUUGAUCAAGCUCUUGAUGAAAAUGACAAUGAAUUGGUAUUGAGAUGCAUAAAGAUAUCUGAAUCACGUAUGUCCAAUACAUAUGCAAAAGCAAUGGCAACCACGACAUCUGAAACAAUGGUUUCACCUCUUACAUGUUUUUCAGCAUCGUUGGCCUACUCUAAAGUUCUUACUCUAGGAACUUCCUUUCUUGAGCGUGAGCGUAGGUAUAAUGAAGCAAUAUAUUUACUAAAACGGUUGCUAGAGUGCUUUACUUGUGAUGGUAGAAGGGGAUUUUGGAUCCUAAGAUUGUCAAUUGACUUGGAGCAUAUAGGAUAUCAUGAUGAGAGCCUUUUAGUUGCUGAAAGUGGAUUGUUAGAUACUUGGGUGCGUGCUGGAUCAAGAAUGGCAUUGCAGAGGCGGGUCCUUCGAUUAGGGAAGCCACCUAGGCGAUGGAAAACUCCUAGUUUUGCAAAUUUGGUCAAGAGGAAAAUCAGCGAGGUUCAUGUUCAAGGGAGGCCUUUGAAUUCUGUGAUUGGAAUGAAGAGCAGGUUCUAUGGAGAAGAUGAUGAGCAAUGUGGGGUGGAGCAGCUUGCCCUCCAAUAUUAUGUUGGGGAAGGUGGAUGGAAUGGCGUACAUACAGAAAGUGGCAUAUGGUUGACUAUUUUUGGACUACUUAUGUGGGAUGUUAUGUUUUCUGACGUACCAAAUGUCUUUCACAACCGAUUUCAAACUGCUCCGCUGGACUUGGAGACUGAUAGCUUUUAUCUAGUAAGAAAGAGCAGCAUAGAGUCUCAUCUUCAGAAAAUUCAUGAUGGCAUGGCUGAGGAGUUCCUGAUCACAGCAUGGGAAUCACACACGGGAACAGCUUGCAGAGGAGUUAACUGGAAUAGACAUACUCUAUCUGAGCUCCGAGCAGCUGUUGUAUGCAUUGGUGGCCCUUGUUUAGCUUUACUCUGCCGACACCUUGCACAAGAUUACCGAAGCUGGUCAAGUGGAAUGCCAGAUUUGUUGCUUUGGCGAUUUAACGGAGAUUUCACAGGUGAAGCCAAGCUUGUUGAGGUUAAAGGCCCGAGGGAUAAACUCUCUGAACAGCAACGAGCAUGGCUAUUGUUUCUAAUGGAUUGCGGUUUCAACACAGAGGUUUGUAAAAUCAGCCCUGAACCGACUUCCUAAUGCAUGCUUCAUAGCUGCAAUUGGCAUAUAAGCUAAAGAAAUUCUCAACAAGGCUCCGUAGAGUAUUGCCUAUAUAUAUAUAUAUACUUUUUCGAAUUUAAGCUCCCAGCUUCUAUGAAAAAUCACGGUGGAUCAAAGCUCCAAAAAUGCUCGAGGCUUCAGGUUAUGCAUUAGACUAUAGUUUGUAUUUUUGGUAGACAAUCUAACUGGAGGGUUUCACAAGUAUACUUCAGGUCUCAACCAAAUUCAACUUCUUUAUCAUUGCACGCCAAAAACGUCAAAGGAUAUAAUUGACACUACAACCAACCCAAAUAAAUGGUGUGGUAGUUGAGUACAUUAUUUUACGAUUAUUUAGGACGAAAAGAAAGACAUUAAACAAGAUGUCAUAUGAUCAUCACUAGAAAUACUGUCAAACAUACGAUUUCUUUUGUUAUAAUUUUGCCCACAUUAUUCUUCUAUGUAUGAUUUAAGCCCUUGAAUUUAGAGGGUUUUUUUUUUUU